AUUCAGGGAGCCUUAAAAGAUGAAUAUUGGUAAUGAAGCCCUUUCAGUUGGGCUUGUGCUUUGUGGCUGACGUGAUGCCGUACAGCGCUGUCUCCGUACUUUCGGUGGUCCUGUCGGUGGUUUUCCAGGUUCUCUUCUGGAACGCAGAACCAUGCGUUUGCUCUGGCAGUGCGGACGUUGAAAAUCAGCGCGUCAUUGUCAAGACAAAGCAGGGACGCGUUGCUGGACAGCGUGUCACCGUCGACAGCAACACCAUCUACAGGUACAUCGGCGUGCCUUUCGCAGAACCACCGCUGGGAAAACUAAGAUUCCGGAGGCCUCAGCCGCUGAAACCUUGGAAGGGAGUUUUGAACGCCACCAGUUACACCCCGUCGUGCAUGCAGAUGCCGCUGCAGGUAGACGAGAAGGUAUAUCUGGACUACGGCAAGAGGUCCGAGGACUGUCUCUACCUCAAUAUUUGGCAGGCCUCUGGUGCAAGGACGUGCUCGGGAGACCCAACCUCCACUGAGUGUCGGUUGCGCCCCGUCGUCAUCUACUUUUACGGCGGCGGAUUUUUGACAGGUGACGCGAGCUUUUUCAUCUUCCGCGGUGAUCGCUUUGCUGCCAUCGCCGACGUGGUUUACAUAACUGUCAACUACAGAGUCGGGAUGUUCGGCUUCUUCAAGACGAAUAUGCCAGAGUACAAAGGAAAUGCCGGUAUGUUCGACCAGGUAGAAGCGAUGAAAUGGGUCAAGGAAAACGCUAGGGCGUUCGGCGGAGAUCCGGAAGAAAUAACCAUCUGGGGUCAGAGUGCGGGCGCCGUAUCUGUUACGUUCCACAUGCUAUCUCCGGUCAGCCGAGGGCUGUUCAAAAGGGCGUACAUUCAAAGUGGCGCACCUGGUUCGGCGUUGGCGUUGAUGAAACUCAACACCCCUGCAGUGGCGCACAGAGCUAUGGGUUUGCUAGGAUGCUACAAGCCUACUAUCCCUUGGAAGCAACAGGAGCAAGAAAGCAUGAAAUGCAUACAAAGCGUCGAUGCGAAUGUGCUUUUGGAAAAGAUUGCGAGAGAGCUGCCCUUGACCAGCUUCUUGUUCCUUCCGACGAUCGGCGACGAAUUCCUUCCUGAAGACCCUCUGGCCGAAGGGCAGAAGAUCAGGACCGGAAAGGAAAUCCUGCUUAGCACCACACCAAAUGAGGGGUCACUGUUCGUGAAAGGGAUGCUCCUGAGAAAUCCGCACCUCAGAGAGCUUAUCUCCGAGGAUUACAAGACGCCAGUGAAAAUCCUCAUGCGCCUCCUGUUAGACGUGCCGUCCUACAAGACCGAAGCGCUGGCUGACGUGUACCUGAAAGGUAUGGACAAAGGUGAUAUGAACGAGACCGAGUGGAAGACGAACUUGGGACGUUUGUUCACCGACGCAGUGUUCGAGUGUGCCGUGGAUAGCUUCGCCCUGGCGGCGUCAAAGAACGGCCACGAUGUGUACCGCUUCCUUUUCGCGCACAAGCCAACAUUCUCAAUUUGGGAAGACUGGCUGGGUAUUACGCAUGGGGACGACAUCAUAUUUACUGCCGGCACUUCUGCAGACCUCACGCGCAGCAUCAAGAUGUACGGCCGUUACCCUGGUGACCACAGCAUCGCGCUUCCGGAGCCCACCGAAGACGAAAUGGAGUUCUCGCGCGACCUGGUCCGCACCAUCGGAAGCUUUGCUAGAUACGGAAAACCAAAGAUUCCGAAGAGUGACAUGGAGUGGCCCAAGUACACCAAAGAGAACAAGGCGUACGUCAUACUCAAGCCGAACGACUACAGCGUUGCGUAUGGACCAAGGUCCAAGAAAUGCCACCUCUGGGAGCCGUACCUUAUCAAGAGGCAACCAGCACCAACGACGCCCGCUCCCAAGCACAAGCCGACGCCCAAGCGCAUCCCAGAGAAGCGCCCUGGCAAGCCGCUGCGACCACUCGACAACUUCGUCGAGUCUUCGGCAUCCACGGGUCCGCUGUCAUCGGCCGCGGCUCUGGCGUCAAUGCUCUUCGCCAUCGCCUUCAACCGAUCGUGAGAAGAACGAGUGCCGUGGUCUAGAAAGCGUGAACUGGUGUUCUCUCGGCUUCGUAGUGUUUCAAUUCCUGGCGCGCAUGGAAGUGCACGCUUUUUUCCAUCGGCGUUGCAAGAACACUUUGUGCUUCUCAGGUGUAUCUGUACCCUGUCACCGUGCUAGGCUACCUGAGCCGCGUCUGUGAAAAA